AUGUCUGCAACACAGACCGGAACCGCUGCUGGGGGAGGUGGAAAUGGAACUGCUACUGGAGGGCAGGCGCAGGCGGCGCCUGGUGAAGGGUCGGCCAUCAACCCGGAGUUGGAGAACGAGAUGCUAUCCCGUUACCUGUUCGCCGUCCUUGGAUGCUUGGCGGGCGUCCUCAUCAUCUGGAGAUGUAUCAACGUGCUGGUGAGGUAUGUGCGGCAGGUUACAUGCCUCAACAACGACACCCAGCGAUACUUUGCAGCUCCGUCGUCCAAGGUGUCGUUCUUCAAGAAGACUAUUCAAUAUGCACCUAUCCUAGGCAAGCGACACAACCGGGAGUUCGCCCUCAGCUCCGCAGUCAAUAUGGGAACUCUCCCAACGAGGCUUCAACUUGUCGUCUUAGCAGGAUACUUCGCAACCAACGUUGCCUUUUGUGUCUUGAACGUGCCUUUCCACGAGAACUUCGACACUGCUUCAGAUCAACUGAGGAACAGGACGGGUGUUCUUGCGGUCGUCAACAUGGUCCCACUGUUUCUUAUGGCCGGGAGAAACAACCCCCUGAUCAACUGGCUUGGCAUCUCAUUUGAUACCUUCAAUUUGUUGCAUCGAUGGCUAGGACGAAUCGUCAUUCUGGAAUCGAUUGCACACGUAUUGGCUUACUGGAUCGGUUCGGCCGCAGAGAAGGGAUUCCCUGCUGUCUUCCAAAGGACAAUAAGUGUUCCUUACAUGAUGUGGGGCUUUGUUGCCACUUGUGCUUUCAUCGCCAUCGGUAUUCAGGCCAUGAGCGUCUCACGACACGCCUUCUACGAGACAUUCAAAAUCGUACACAUCGCUCUAGCGGCCUUGGCUGUGGCUGGUGUUUGGUAUCACUUGGUCCUGAAGCAUCUCCCGCAAAUCAAAUACCUAUAUCCCGUCAUUGCUCUGUGGUGCCUUGACCGACUGGCUCGAUUCCUGCGUGUCAUGUACACCAAUGUCGGAGCGGGCGGCACCAAGACUCUUGUAGAAGCUCUUCCCGGCAACGCCUGCCGCGUGACUGUCACCAUGGCUCGGCCGUGGACUUUCAAACCCGGCCAGCACGCCUACCUGUAUAUGCCUAGCAUCAGUGGCCUGCAAUCUCAUCCGUUCUCGGUCGCCUGGAGCGAGGAGGCGGAAGAUCUGCAUGGAGAAAAGCUGCCCAUGGAUCGCACUGAUGUGCUGGCGAUGCGCAAGACAAGCAUGUCCUUCGUGAUCCGGGCUCGCGCCGGCUUUACUGGCAACCUAUACAAGAAGGCGUCCGAGUGCAAGGGCGGAAAGCUACUAACAAGAUGCCUUGUUGAGGGACCGUAUGGAGGCAUGCACAGCCUGCAAUCAUAUGGCACGGUGAUGCUCUUCGCCGGCGGCGUCGGCAUCACGCAAGCAGUCCCGCACGUCCGCGAGCUUGUCGCUGGCUAUGGCAACGGCACUGUUGCCGCGCGCAAGAUCGUCCUGGUGUGGAUCAUCCAGAGCCCAGAGCACCUUGAGUGGAUCCGGCCGUGGAUGACCGAGAUUCUGGCCAUGGAACGCCGCCGGGACGUGUUGCGCAUCAUGCUCUUCGUCUCACGGCCGCGGUCUACCAAGGAGAUCCACUCGCCUAGCGCCACCGUCCAGAUGUUCCCGGGUCGUCCCAACGUCGACACCCUAUUGGGCAUGGAGAUGGAGCAGCAAGUCGGCGCCAUGGGCGUGUCCGUCUGCGGUCCGGGAGCACUCAGCGAUGAGGUCCGCCGCGCGGUUCGCAACCGCCAGUAUCAAGGCACGAUUGACUUUGUCGAAGAAGCCUUUUCGUGGUAA